UCGGCCUCGCGCGAAGCCUGCGUGUCUCGCUCGGGGGAAGGCCGGCGCCUUGGGCUUGCUUUGCUGCAGGAUUCUUCUUCUGGAGACUAUUAUCAUGUCUUUGUAUGAGGAUAUGUUGCUUUGCAAUUAUCGAAAAUGUCGCCUCAAGCUCUCUGGAUAUGCUUGGGUUACUGCCUGCUCUCACAUCUUCUGUGAUCAGCAUGGCAGUGGUGAAUUCAGCCGUUCACCAGCUAUUUGCCCUGCCUGCAACAGUACCCUUUCUGGAAAGCUAGAUAUUGUCCGUACAGAACUCAGCCCGUCAGAGGAAUAUAAAGCUAUGGUAUUGGCAGGGCUUCGACCAGAGAUUGUAUUGGACAUUAGCUCCCGAGCAUUGGCCUUCUGGACAUACCAGGUACAUCAGGAACGUCUCUAUCAAGAAUAUAAUUUCAGCAAAGCUGAGAGCCAUCUGAAGCAGAUGGAAAAGAUAUAUACACAGCAAAUACAGAGCAAGGAUGUAGAAUUGACCUCUAUGAAAGGAGAGGUCACCUCCAUGAAGAAAGUUCUAGAAGAAUACAAGAAAAAGUUUAGCGAUAUCUCUGAAAAACUUAUGGAGCGCAAUCGCCAGUAUCAAAAGCUCCAAGGCCUUUAUGAUAGCCUUAGGCUACGAAAUAUCUCUAUUGCUAGCCAAGAAGGUUCCCUGGAACAAGCUACAAUUGCACAGUCUGGUGUCUUUGGCUUUCCAUUAGGGAACAGCUCUAAGUUUCAUUUGGACCGUACACCAAUUGGAAGCCGAGGUGGUGGAGAUGAAGAUGUUCAGUUCAGACCAUUCUUUGUGGAUUCCCCCACCGCACCUGAACCCCUUAACAACUUCUUCAGUUUUACUUCUCAAAGCCAUGAGGCGGAGCAGCAAGUCUGCAGCAGGGCCUUUAAAGCAAAACGAAUUUAGCUCCUCUCCUAUUUCCAGACUGUCUUCAUACAGUUUUACUCUCCAUAAAAUAAUUGGCAUUCCUGAGUUCUCUUCACAUUUUCAUCAUAGAAGAAGCUGGCUUGCAGCAGGGUGUGUGGCUUCCUGUUUGGUUUCUUCACUUUUUGCUUAGGGCAUAAGGAUUUCAUGAAUCUCAGUCUCUACAUUAGUCACUGCUCACACAGUCACAACAUGGUUGCAUAAAUUCCUGUUUCAGACCAAGCUGUGUUUAUGCUUCUGUAAGCACCCAUGUUAUAUUUACACAGUGCUUUGGAUUCUAGUGUGUAUAUGUUAAGUAAGUGUGUGCAUUGAUUUUCUCUAUUUGCUAGUAUAUUCAUGUAAAAAUUAUGGUCUGGAAAGUGGUGGCCAAGAAUGAUGGUCUUGGAAAAUGGUGGCUUGCUAUUUGCAUGUAUUUUCAUUUGUAUUAGCUUGUUUUAGAGGUGUGUUGUGCCAGUGAAUGAAAGUAUAAUUUCAUGCAUACAUGUUCAGUUUCUAUUUAAAAAGAAUUUACAUUGAUAAAAGUUAUUUGCUGAUUUAA